AUGCGUUCCCGCCCUUGGCAGGUGGGACUGGAGCCCGGGUUCCCCAGCCAGGCUGGCUCAGAGGUCCAGCGUGAGGUGCGUGGAGGGUCCUCCCACGUGGCACGCGGCCUGAUGCCCCUGACUCCCUACCUGUCACCUCUGGGGUCGCCUGCUGGCGUGGCCACUGCGGGCUCUCCUGGCUCCCAAGCACUCCGCAGCCCCAUCAAGGAAUUGUUGCUAACCUUUGAAAGGACCAAUGAGAACCUCCUGUUAACAAAACCUCUUCUCGCGGAAGCGCCCUCUCCCACCGAGGGGAAGGUGGGGCUGUCAUGGAAAGGAGGCCCCGUCCCUGCUCUCAGGAGACUUACAUUCCGCCAGGAGAAAGGUAGCGUAGCCCGCGAGGGCUGCAGUGCCCGUGCACGCAGGAACUCCCAAGAUAAAUGCACGUGGUGGUGCCUGGGAGAUAAUGAAGCGGCGCUGACCCGGGCUGUGGAGGCCAGAGAGGCCUGCCACGGCGUCUGGAAGAACAUGGCACUUAGAAGAGGGCACAGGAGGACAAGCCAGCCACCACGGCGCGAGAAGAAGCCGCCGGAAAGAUGGAUAAGUGGAGUCUCAGAGGGAGAAGUGACACAGCCCAAAUCACACAGCUGGGCAGCGACCGAGCCGAAGACCUUGGGCACCACCUUUCCUCCUGCAGGUCACCCUCCCUAACCACCUUUGGCUCUGCAACAAUCCAGAAGAUUUCACGAGGUCUCUUUGCUGCACUUCCGGAAGGAGGUGGUGGGAUCAUGACGGGCCACUAUCCUUCAGGUCACUGCCCAACCUGUUCAAUAUUCUCUUGUCAAUUUGGUGCCAGUUUGUGACAAUAAUCCCUCAAGGGCCAUUCCUGAUACAGCAAGACAGGCAUUUUCAGACGUGGCCCUAUUUCACCUUCUUGAUCUGUUUUCUCGCCCUCCUCCUUGUCCCACCCCUGCUGUUCUCUUUAAUCCCCUGAGUGCAUUAUUCGUAAUAGUGAAAUGUCCUAGAGGGCUUACCAUGUGCUGGGCAUCAUGCCGAGGAGUUGCUGUGACAUCAUUUCAUUUAAUUUUUUCUAAAUAUCAUAUUAGUAGAUGCUAUUAUACCCAUUUGACAGAGGAAGUAACUGAGAUUUGGAAAGGCUAGAUGACUUGCCCAAGGUCACCCCACAGCAGAUGGGAAGACCUAGGGCUUGAACCCAGGCAGAUCCCAUCGCCUUUGCCGCGACCCGAAACUUCAGACACUGCAAACCCACGGCCUGUGAGUCAAAUUUGGCUUACGGGUAUAUUUCGUUUGGCUCACAUCGUACUUAAAAAAAAAAAAAAAAAAACCACUUGAAUUAGUUGCCAAUGUUUUAAAAUUGAGAACCUGCACAUUAAAAAACAAAAUUCAUUCUUUCCUACUUCUCUUGAAAAAAAUCAGAUGAUUGGCAACCUGGGGCCGGUGUUCCUACCUGAUAGAGCUUGGCUGGAGCUGACAGUUGAGUCCCAGCUGUCCCCAGUGCCACAGGCCCCCUCGCUCCCUAUUGCCUUCCCAAGACUGAGGCUGCGCGUUGGUCAUGGCUCGUCCUGUGUACCUGUUGUUUUCCUCAGGUGCUUUGUGCUUUAGCUGCGCAGGCUCGCAGGGCCGUAGAGCUCGAGGCCCCAGCUCCCCAUCGAGGUGCCCCUCCCAGCUUCUGACCACACAGGUUUGGGGCGGCUGCUCAUCCUUCUCUACAGAUUUAGUGGCAAAAGCUCUCUCGCCAGUGAAGCUCAGACUUAGGCACUAGAAGAGUUGGAAAGAACCCCGCGUUUCCUUUCCUCCUGUGCUCCGCGACCGCCCCCAUCCCAUCUCUGGUUCGUGGGCCCUCUGGGGCCAGUUUCUUGGCAACGCUUGCCUUGGGUACCUGACUUUUUCCCCUGCUCCCCUCAGACCCCCCUACCCUUUUCUUCCUAAUUCUCCUCAGGAGAACCAUCGCUUGGAUUAUCAUGCAACCCGAGCGCCUGAGCAUGAAGUGCAACCCUUUACAACCGACGGACCAUUUCGUUUCUGCUCGGUUGUGUUUGUUUAAACUCGUUGCUGGCAGGACCCUGGCUCAGGGGCAGAGUUCCACGGCGCUCCCAGGCAGAUGUUCUGGCUGGUUGCAGGGGGCCGCAUUGAG